AGGAAGGGGCAGUGCCAACAGGAAUAUUCUCCCACCUAGCGCGCCGCCGCACGGAGAUACCGCUAAGCACACAGUUGCCGAAACGGGAAUCCAGAAAACUUUUCUAGGAGUGAGGAAACAGCCAUCCGUCGUUGAUUUUUGAGCUGAAUCCGUGGGGUUCCGGAUGAGAUAACUCCAGGAAGCCUCCAGAACCCAGCAUGCACACAGCUUCUGCCGCCUGGGCACAUCACAGCCCCCGCCUCGGGCCCCUCCCGGAGCGCAGACCUUGGAGGAACUUCGUGAUGCAAACUGUUCUGCUACUGGGUGUCCUUGUUCUAGUGACAGUUGAGCCAGGCCACGGUGGCCCAGCUGACCUACAGAGAUCGAAGAGGAGCACACCAGGAGGACCCUGUCCAGCAGGUCAGUACCUGUUAGAAGACAACUGCAAGCCUUGCAGAGAGGGGAUAGAUUACACCAGCUCUCCCAAUGCCGAGCCUUCAUGCAUUCUCUGCACAGUCUGUAAGGAAGAUAAAGUCGUAAAAAGCCUAUGCAACGUAACCAGAGACACAGAAUGUCAGUGCAAACCGGGCACCUUUGAAGAUAAAGACUCCACUGAGAUCUGCCAGACAUGCUCCAGCUGCACCGAUGGGGAAGAUGAAGUGACUCCUUGUACCCCGGAAACAAACCGGAAGUGUGUCUCCAAAAAUGCUUGGGCAUCUCCGCAUAACCUAGACCUCAAGAUAGGGAUCCCGGUCGCAGUAGGGCUGGUCUUGAUUAUAGCUCUGUGUUGUCUCUGGAAGACUGGAGCCUGUAGGCGAGCAUUGCUCUCUAGGAAAAGACCCUUUCCAGGCCAUGAUCAGAAGUCUGGAAGUUUGAACGCUCUCUUGAGCCCACAGACAUCGAGCACAACAAAUGACUCUCACCACAACACGGAACCUGGCAAAACUCAGAGUUCGCUAACAGAAAGGAAGUCGCUGCUUCCGGCAAACGGAAUCGACCCAGCUGCCGCCCUGAAGUCGAUCUUCGAGUCUUGUUCAAUCGAAGUGCCCUUUAAUUCCUGGGACCGUCUCAUGCGGCAGAUGGGUCUCACAGACAAUCAAAUUCAAGUGGUCAAGGCUGAAACACCGGUCUCAAGUGAGUUCUUGUACCAAAUGCUGCUGAAGUGGUUCCACCAAACUGGGCUAAGGGCCUCUAUCAACGAUCUGCUGGAUGCCUUGGAUGCUGUGGGACAUAGAUGUGCCCGGGAGAAAAUUGAAGGCUAUGCAGUGAGAUCUGGAAAGUUCAUUUAUCAGAACUCUACAGCCCAGGCAGAUGUGAUAAUUCAGGAGACAUAGGUAGGAGGAUCUCUAUGAAUUUGAAGCCAGCCUGGUCUACAUAGUGAACACAGGACAGCCAAGGCUGCGUAGAGAGACCCGGUCUCAAAAAUGAGAAGGAAGAGAAGAAGCUGCUGCUCUUCAGUAUUAUUAGAAUGUAUCUUAUUUUAUUUUUUCUUGCUAUUUAUUGUAUCCUGUUACUGUAUUGUUGUCCUACUACAAGUUGAACACAGAGCCUAUGUGAACACAGAUCCUAGACAAGUGUUCUAACA